AUGAGCAGGGAUGUGACUGGUGUAUCGGAGGAUCUGGAGGAUGAAUGUCGGACAACCAUGUAUCAUGAUAACAUGGACCUUUAUAGGUUGAUGGUACAUACACAGCAGGUGGAGGAGAGUCGUCGGAGGAAAAGAGGCCGAGAAGGCAAGAAGCUUAGGCCCUCGGAUCAGGCUAGUUCUAGCACUGGGGACAAGUCUGUCCGCAAGAAAGGCAAUGAUAGAAAUGCCCAGCGUGACAGAAAGUCGUGUGGUAAGUGUGGCCGUUUGCAUGGAGGUGAGUGCAUGGUAGGUUCUAAUGCCUGCUAUGGGUGCGACAAGAGUGGGCAUAUGAUCAGGGACUGCCCACAUGUGAAGAAUCAGGCCAAGGCAGAUACACAUCCUCGGCCUAAUCCUACUGCUGCAGCCGAGCCUCCCAAAAGGAACAUGUUCUAUGCUUUGAAAGGUAGACAGGAGCAGGGAAAAGAGGCGAAGUUUGAGUGGUCUGAAACUUGUGAAAAUAGCUUCCAAGAGCUCAAAGACCGACUCACUUUAGACCCAGUUCUCACAUUGCCGAGGAGUAGUGAAGGGAAUGUGGUGUACUAUGAUGCUUCCCGAGUAGGUUUGGGAUGUAUUCUUAUGCAGGAUGACAAGGUGAUUGCAUAUGCAUCAAAAUAA